CGCUUCUUUAUUUUUGUUUUCAGUUUUGGUUCGUUUGGGAUUUUAUGGGAAGAAGGAAGGAAGCGUCGCCCUUAAAUAUCUAUCUAUCAAGCAAGGCAGGGGAGGACUGGUUAAGCUUGAAGGAAGCAAAAAACUGAUCAAGCUGUGUCAUGGGUUCUGUUUGUUGUUGCUUCCAUGUACAAGAUGACAUUGACAAUGCCAAUAAUAAUAAUAAUGAUGUUGGCUUCAUCCCUAACUUGUGCAACAAAAUAAAGGAAUUUGCAGCCUCAAUCAAGAAUGGGAGAAAAGAUCCAGUCAAUCCAUCUACUGAUCAGGCUGCAGCACCCAAUGAGAUUACACCAUCUGGCUCUGGCAGCUACUAUUCCUCGGAGAAGUCAUCAUCAUCAUCUGGAAAAAGAGCCCAAGAACUUGUUCGUUUAGAUGAUUCAAAUUCAAUAGAACAUGAGGAUGAAUGCCCCACAUGUCUGGAAGAAUACACACCUGAAAAUCCCAAGACAACCAUGCAGUGUUCUCACCACUACCACCUUGCUGUUGGGAAAAUGGCUCACCUAAGGAUACAAGGUUGGUUUUGGCGCUGA